AUUCGGUACCUCCAUUUAAGAUAAACAAAGCGAGGGGAGAGAGAGAGAGAGAUGGAUAGUAGAGGAGGGUGUUGUAUUGCAAGAUAUUCAAGUGUUGGAGGAGAGAACGGCAUGUCAAAGGUGGACCGAAUCAUGUUAAGGUUCAGGCCAAUAGCGCCUAAACCAGCCACGGCCACCUCUGGUUCAUCUGUUUCAGGUGGUGGGUCAUCGCCAGAAAUGAGUGACGUCAGCCCUAGGUCUGGAAGAGGCAAGAGAAAGUACAAUAAUACCAGCAAGGGUACGAAUAGCAAGAAGUGUAAUAGUGGUGGUAAUAGAAAACGAAAGGUUUUAGGUGAAGAGAAUAAGGCGGUGGUCGAUUCUGUCGUAACUCUGCCUCUUUUGCCGGAAACACCUGAUCGGAAAGAUUUCGGGACGAAAGAACUCAAGACUGAAGUGUUUCCGGGUUCCGUUUCGCCGAAGCCAGUAAAAAGUAAAUGGCUUAGUUUUGAUGGCAAAGUGAAAGAUCAAGCUGGCCAUCAGAACACGGUCGGCUUUGGUGUGUCAGCGGAUCAGACGGUUGUGAUGCCACGAGUGGUGAAUAUAGUGGGAUCGUGUGUUACAGUUGAAUGCGUAACUGACACGUGGGUGGAUUUGGAUGGUUUAGGGCGUACAGAUGAUGAGAAGAAGAUUAAUAUGGAGAAGGACACGUGCCCAGGGUUUAUAUCUGACGGUUAUGGGAGGGUGACGUGGGAAAAUGAGGCUUAUAGGAAGAUGGUGGGCCAAGGGGAGGGAGGAGAUCAUCAGGUGUUUGUGUGGUUGGCGAUGAAGGAGAAAGUGCCGAUGAAGGUCACCAUAGCAGGUCAUAAGGCUUUCACAUGCAGGGUUAAGGUGCAGUACCAGAAGCACGACACGUGUAGGGUUAAUGGGAAGGAGAAGAUUUCAAUCGUUACGGUGCCGUGUGAUGUGUGGAGAAUGGACAGUGGUUGUUUUGCAUGGAGAUUGGACGUCAAGACUGCUCUUUGUUUGGGCCGGUAAAGAAGAGAAAUUAAAUCAAAGAAAACUAAGCUGGCGCCUAUCUUGUGAUUACGUUGGAUUGUGCAGAGCGGGAGAAGGCGGGGGAGUUGCUUGGAAGUGGGCUAGCGUUUGAGGUGGUGCUUGCACGGCUUUUGAUUGGGUUUCCCGUACGUUUGUUUAACAUGUGUAUGAUAGGAGAUAGUUUGGACGUAAAAAAGUAAGCUAGAGAGAGAGAGAUGAUGAUGGUGGAGGAUGCCAGGGUGGCGUGGUCUUUUUCAAGAGGAGAGAGAGAGAGAGUGGGGAUGUUCGUACAGGGCGGAAAGAAGAAAAAAGAUGAUGCUCGGAGACAAGGGUGAGGACAUGAGCUGGGAUACAGGGCUCCACGUCCACCCGGGGGAAUAAUUUGAAAUUUUGGAAUUUAUCCUUUAAUGUGCUGGUAUUGAGUGGUUUUUGCCGUUGUGAUUUUAAAAGGUUAAUUUAAGUUUAAGAAAAGUAAUUGUAGUUGUGAUUUUAAAAAAUUUA